AUGGAGGACCCGGUUGCCCCAGUUGACCCUGUUGACCCUGCGUUUGCUGACCACGCAGAUUUUGAGAUGGAGUUCGAUGACCCAGAGCCUGCCAUGGCCCCCGAGCCGAUAGCCGCUCCUGACCUUGUGUUUGAGCAUGACCCUAUUCAUACUGGCGUACCCAUUGUUGACCCUGUGAUUGCUGAUCUACCCAUUGAUGAUCACCCUGUUGAUGCUCCACUAUUGGAGGGUGAUCAUGUUGUUGUUGCUGCUCAGGCUGAUGCCCCUCUCAUCGCUGAUGUACCCGCCGAGCCUGAUGUUGUCGCUCCUCUUCCUGAUCCUGUUCCUUUGGAGCCCGAUCAUGCGCUAUUCGCGACCCAUAUUGAUCCCCGAUAUGCGCACACCCAGAAUGGGUGGAUUGAUGCUGAUGAUGAGCUCCCACCUUUUCCCCCACAUACCACCGAUGCACGUCACAUGGAUUUCCCUUUUUCAUUCGCUCAGUACACACCUCCAGCACGACCUUGGGAGGGUUCCUUGACUCAUCCCUUCAGCCAUGUGCCGACAUCUGUCCCAGUUAUACCACAGUUUUCUUCUGCUAUUCCCCCUGUUCCACUAUUUUCUGUGCCACCUUUUACCCCAGCGAGUGAGCCAUUCCUUUGGACGUCACCACCUAUCAUGCCUCCAUCCGACCCCUACCAUCCUUUUCAUAUGGGGUCAUUGUUUUCAAGUGAUUAA